AUGCCUCCUACCCUUUUUGCGCCGCUCGCUGACCGUCCCUGGAGUGCGCGUGCAUCAUCCGCCGCGCCGAUGUUCUUUCGACCCAUUCGCCUGCCUUCCCUCGGGUACUGUUGGGACGGUGGCUUGAUGCACAACUGUCCCGCCGCCUUGUGUGUCCAAGAGCUGAAGCAUAUGUGGCCGUGGUCACCGCCGCUGGGAGUCUUGCUCUCAGUAGGAACAGGCGAGGGUAGCAAAGACGCGGGCCGGUCCGCCCAGAGGCCUGCCCCGCGUCUCGUUCCACGCCAUCAUUUCUUCUGGCCGCUGCAUGAUACGCUCAUGACGGAGACAGACGGAGCUCUGUCCUGGCUGCGAUUUGCCUCGCAGGGGAGUCGUGCCCAUGGUGAUGCCUUAUGUCGCCUAGACAGUUCCUUGUCGGGCCCGGCGCCCCCGUUGGACGCUGUCGACCAGAUAGACGACCUCGUCCAGCAAGCCCGAGCACAGCGUCUCGGCGAAACUGGACGCCGAAGUAUAUUACGGCUUCUGGCGCAGAGUCUGUUCUUCGAAUUGGCCUCGGCACCUGAGGGGGAUGCCCGCAGUGGCUCGUUUCACUGUGUCGGUGCGAUCCGUUAUCGCAUUUCCGGAGAAGUGUUCGUCGCGGCGUUUAGACGAGUCUCCCAGGCCCGAAACCAGUACGUUCUUAAUGGCCGCUACCUUGGCAUCGAUAUGGAUGAAAGCUCCAUCUGUCGAGAGUGUGGGCGCCACUGUCUACCGAUCAACUUUAAAGUGCAGCGGUUGCAAGAGGUGGUGCAGUUGUCCGUGCGACUGGACAACGGAGACCGAUAUCCGGUAGGUGGCUUCCCCAAUCCUAUGCUCUGGUUUAUGGAACGGCAAGGAUUCACCCCCACCUUCGGCCUCGCCGGGAAUGGAAUAGCUUUGCGAGACGAAUGCCAGGUCUGUGAACGGCGGAUUAGGACGCGCCGAGGCCUUCGAGUGAUGAAGCUGAGAGCUCGGCAGAAAGUCCGGACUGCCUACGCCGUCUGCGCUGCGGAGCACAGCGCCCAGAUUGGACACAGUUAA